AUGUCCAAGACGCCCCGAGACGAAGAAUGUCCCGGGACAAGUGACAGCCAAACGAAGGAGAUGGCUGGACACGCCACCACACAGCCUCUAUACAACGACAAGAACAACAAUAAUGCCCGAGCAGACAGCACUCAAUGCGAAGCUGUCACGGAGAAUCAGGUCCUCGAACCACAUCAGUCAAACGAGCGCCCCAUCCACUCCGUACUCCGUCCCCAGGAUCAAAGUCUUCGUCAUCCUCAUGACAGUCUUCAGCACCACCUUCUCGCCCUUCUCAUCCUUCAUCUACCUGCCAGCCAUGAACCCCAUCACCGAGUCAUAUCGCCGCUCCCUAGGCGAGAUCAACCUCACCGUACCGUCUACCAAAUCAUGCCGGCCUUUGCACCACUGUUCUUUGGCUAUCUCCGCGACCAGAUCGGCCGACGGCCCGUCUAUGCGCUCACGUUUGCCAUCUACCUGGGUGCAAACGUCGGGCUGUCCAUGCAGCACAACUACGCGCUCGGCAGUGGCAAUUGGCAGCGCCGUGGUUGCCGACCUGACUCCGCGCCCGGCGCGACCAUCCUUGAGCUCAAGAAAUUGCCUCUCGGGAUUCCCGUCCCCGGCGUCGUUGCCGCCAUCCCCAUCAUCUUCGAAAAGGACGUGGGCCGCCACAUGCUCCUCAUGUCUCUCUCUGUCAUGGCUAACUACGCCAUGCUGGUACCUCUUCAAGACGUUAUUCGCCGCCGAUACAGCUUCAACAAUGUCCAGGUCGAGCUGUACUACAUUCUCUUUGCGAUGGGAUCCGUAUUUGGUGCCGUCACGGUAGGCAGGCUGCUCCAACUGGAACUACGCCCGGGUAGCAAACGACAUAGGCAUGUCCGCCGAACGCAAAAGGGGCGACGAGUUGAGACGGUUUCCCAUUGA